UCAAUACCUAUAAUGGCUGCUGCUGCUGCUAACUGUUGCAUUAUUCGUUUCUUACACAAUAAUAAUAAAAAUAAUAAUAAUAAUAAUAAUAAUAAGGGAUUAUUGUAUUCCAUCAAAUUCAGAUGCUCUUCUUCUUCUUCUUCUUCUGCUGCUGCUGCUGCUGCUUCUGUGGCUAUGAAAAAUGGAGAGCUGGUGAUGGAAGGAGGCAAUGGUUCUGCUGGGACCACGGAGACCCGGACCUUCCCAAUGGCAGCAACGCCUGCGUUGGCCGCCGACUGCCUCCAUUCUGUGGUUUUGGACCUCAAGUCCAGUCCUUCCCAUUUUCAGUCUGGGAUCAUUCGUAUCCAGGUUCCAAUACGGCAGCAUAUAGAGUCACUCGAUUGGCUUCGUUCCCAAAACGACACCGUUCUGCCACGCUGUUACUUCUCCGGCCGCGAACCAAGCAACAUUCCACUCAAGCACUGCUCCGGUGAGAAUGAAAUUACAGAGCGCAGAAAGCUCGUCAGUGUUGCAGGGCUGGGAUCAGCCGUCUCCUUCCGCCAUCUCCGCCCCUUCUCUCUCCAGGAUUGGCAUUCCAUCAAAAGGUUUCUAUCGAAGAAUUCUCCAUUGAUUCGUGCUUAUGGCGCAAUCAGAUUCGAUGGUACCUCUACCAUCUCUCCCGAAUGGAAGGGAUUUGGUUCUUUCUACUUCAUGAUCCCUCAGGUUGAAUUUGAUGAAUUUGAGGGGAGCUCUAUGAUGGCAGCGACCAUCGCGUGGGACAAUCACUUGUUACACACAUAUGAGCAGGCAAUUGGUGUUCUUGAGGACACACUUUUGCAGAUUUCAUCAGUUGUAAGGAAGAAAUUGAAUGGCAAAACUAGUACUGAUGCAGUUUUGGUUAACCAAAUUCAUGUCCCAAACAGAGUCUCUUGGGAUUCAGCCAUUAGAAAUGCUUUGGAGCUGAUAACUAGGAAAGAUACGCCUUUAUUAAAGGUCGUUCUUGCGCGGAGCAGCAGAGUUUUGACGACAGCAGAGAUCGAUCCUUUGGAGUGGUUAAGGAGCCUCAAGGCUGAAGGGGAUAAAGCUUAUCAGUUUUGUUUUCAACCUCCCGAUUCGGCUGCAUUCAUUGGCAACACUCCGGAGAGAUUAUUCCAUAGGGAUGAAUUGAGUGUGUCUAGUGAGGCUUUGGCUGCUACACGAAGAAGGGGUGCGACUGAGGCUUUAGAUUUAAAGAUUGGAUAUGAUUUGCUUACAAGUAAGAAAGACCACUUGGAGUUCACGGUGGUAAGAGAAAAUAUAAGGAGAAAGUUCGAGGAGAUAUGCUCCCGAACAAUAGUGGAACCAAGCAAAUCUCUCCGGAAACUUCCACGUGUUCAGCAUCUUUAUGCUAAGCUCACCGGCACACUCAAGCAAGAAGACGACGAGUUUAGAGUACUGUCUUCUCUUCACCCAACUCCAGCUGUCUGUGGCCUUCCUGCAGAAGACGCUCGACAACUGAUCGCAGAUACAGAGAUGUUUGAUCGAGGAAUGUAUGCUGGGCCAGUUGGAUACUUUGGUGGUUCUGAGAGUGAAUUUGCUGUGGGAAUAAGAUCAGCUUUGGUCGGAAAAGACAUUGGAGCAUUGCUCUACGCCGGAACCGGAAUUGUUGAAGGAAGCGAUUCUUCCAUGGAGUGGCGGGAGCUUGAGCUCAAGACUUCACAGUACACGAAAUUGAUGAAACAUCUGACCCCGGCGCCUGUUUCAGCCGUAAAUAAAAAAGGUUUGUAGCUUGCGGGUGCAACAAGAACAUUGCUCGUCUGCUCCUACACGGACUCGCAAGGUUUAUACUUUGUCGAUAUCGUUUUGAUUUGAGUUUUAGUUAAAGGGAUUGAGCUUGUUUGAACUCCCAAUGUCUCUGGGAAUGGGAUUGUGAGGAUGAAGAAGUUUAUGGGAAUUUCUGCUUAGGAAAUCGAUUUGGAGUAUGUUUUUUUGGAGUUUGAAUUUUGAGUUUUAAAAAG